CUCACAGCUCACAGAGCAGCCGGGGGCACAGGCAGCACCAGCCCUGGUGUCCCAGCCAGAGAGGCCAGCGGGGGACCAGCACACCUUUCCUGGUGGAGGAUGGAGGAGGGGGAAAGGAGCCCGCUGCUGUCCCAGGAUGCUGGAGAUCAGGAACCACCCCUCGCCAGAAGCAGCCCCCUCACUUCAAGUCACCCAGGGCCAGCACCCUGGGAGGACCAGGCCCGGAGGGCAGGCCUUGGGGGGGUCCUGGCCUGCUUCCUCAAGUGCCUGAUCUUCCUGUCCAACUUUGUCUUCUCUCUGCUCAGUCUGCUGGCCCUGGCCAUCGGUCUCUGGGGCCUGGCCGUCAAGGGGUCUCUGGGGAGUAGUUGGGGGGGCCCCCUGCCCGCAGACCCCAUGCUGGGGCUGGUGCUGGGCGGGCUGGCGUUCAGUGCGGUGAGCCUGGCAGGCUGCCUGGGCGCCCUCUGCGAGAACGCCUUUCUGCUGCGCUGCUUCUCUGGGGGCAUCCUUGCCUUUCUGGUGCUGGAGGCUGUGGCAGGGGCCCUGGUGGUGGCCUUGUGGGGCCAGUUACAAGAUGACCUGGAGCACGUCCUACGCAUGGCCAUCAGCCACUACCAAGACGACCCAGACCUGUGCUUCCUCAUUGACCAAGUUCAGCUCGGGCUGCAGUGCUGCGGGGUGGCCUCCUACCAGGACUGGCAGCGGAACCUGUACUUUAACUGCAGCUCCCCUGGGGUCCAGGCCUGCAGCCUUCCUGCCUCCUGCUGUAUCGACCCCUGGGAAGAUGGAGCCUCAGUCAAUGACCAGUGUGGCUUCGGGGCCCUGGGCCUGGAUGAGGACACGGCCCAGAGGGUGGUGCACCUGGAGGGCUGCAGCCCCCCACUCCUCCAGUGGCUGCGCAGCAACAUCUGGGCUGCAGGUGGCUACGCCAUCGUUGUCGUGGUGGUCCAGGGGGCAGAGCUCCUGCUGGCCAUCCAGCUGGUGAGGGCCCUGGCUGUCCACAAGAGGGCAGCAGAGAGUGAGGGCUUGUCCACAGGACCCCCAGACUCAGUGCCCUCCCCUCUGCCAAACUGGUCCCGGGCUGACUGGCAGGUGAGACGAAAGACCAGGGCACCCGGAUGGGGUCUGGGGCUGCAGGCCUCCCCUCCCCUCCCAGGGAAGGUGUCAGAAUAACCCGCCUUGGUGCUUGUGGACACGCACCUUGGGCCCCCAGGCCUCCUCCACCUGCUGGCCUCUGCCUCCCCAGGGUCCCCUUUCCCCCACACUGCCCAUUUGCUUGCAAACGCUGCCAUGGUCCGAGUGUAAGCUGACCCCAACGACUGCCUGGCCAGCGUCUGCCUCCCACAGAGGGUGCAGGCAAAGCCUGGCUGGCAGGGAGAGUGGGGGGCGAGCGAGACUGGAUGAAAUCCUGCCACUGAGCCCCAACUCAGACCCUCACCCCAACCCUCACUUCCGAUCUCCACAUCUGACCACUUUUGACUCUCACCACUGACCCCCCACUUCCAACACCUCCAAGCCCAGUCUAUGAGUCCCCACGUCCUCACCAUAGCCUGGCUCCUGCUCUCCUCUGGGGCCACCUCCCCCUUUCCUGUCCAUUGUGGUGGUUGAGGGUGAGGCCCAGGCCUCUCCCUCCAGAGUGCUUUUUUUUUGGGGGGGCGGUAAGUUUUAUUGAGAUGUAUCACUCAUACAGUAAAUUGCACCAACCUUAA